AUGAUUACAAGCAAGUAUCUCGCAAAACCGGGCUCGCCAUCGCCAAUGAGCAAACCCAUCAAAAGGGAUCCUGCAUCCUCCGAGAUCCAACACACACUCGAUGAGCCCAAGCAAAGCGCAAACCCUACAUUUCCCUUCAUGACCCUCGAGAAGCCUUUCGAUACAGUCUCUAAUUCUGACAGCCAAGCCUAUGCAAGCCUCAACAUAUGUGAAGAGCAACAAGAGACGCCCUUGGCCAAGAUAGGGGCAGUUGGAUGA